UCAGACCCUUCUUCCCCAUCACCAAACUCGAUCCUCUGUUUUUGCCUUCUAUCUCUGCUUCACACAGAACAGAGCGAACACAGCCAUGGCAAACCCCAUUGUUCUUCUCAUAACCUUCGUUCUUCUUCUCCAUAUGUACUCUGCUUCUUCCUCUCCAGUCGCCGAUCCUGAGCAAGUGGUUGAAGAAGUUCUCACGAGCAUCAACAAUGCAACAAAAAGAAGGAACUUGGGGUUCCUCUCCUGCGGAACUGGAAACCCAAUUGAUGAUUGUUGGAGGUGCGACCCCGAUUGGGAGAAGAAUCGAAAGCGGCUAGCCGACUGCGCCAUUGGGUUUGGGAAGGGAGCCAUCGGCGGCAGAAACGGAAAAUUCUACAUUGUCACUGACCCAUCUGACAAGGACGUGGUGAACCCAAAACCAGGAACUCUCCGCCAUGCCGUAAUCCAAAAAGAACCUUUAUGGAUCACCUUCAAGCGUGACAUGGUCAUCAAAUUAAAAGCAGAGCUGAUCAUGAACUCUUUCAAAACCAUCGACGGUCGCGGCAGAUCAGUCCACAUCGCCGGUGGGCCAUGCAUUACAAUUCAGUACGUGACGAACAUUAUAAUCCACGGCAUUAACAUUCACGACUGCAAGCAAGGAGGGAACAUGUACAUUAGAGAUUCGCCGGACCAUUACGGUUGGAGGACUCUGUCGGACGGUGAUGGGGUUUCGAUAUUUGGGGGCAGCCAUAUUUGGAUCGACCAUUGUUCGUUGUCGAAUUGCCAAGAUGGGUUGAUUGAUGCGAUUCGUGGGUCUACGGCUAUCACAAUUUCAAACAAUUAUAUGACCCACCAUAACAAAGUUAUGCUUUUGGGACAUAGUGAUUCGUACACUCAAGACAAGAACAUGCAAGUCACCAUUGCUUUUAACCAUUUUGGCGAGGGGCUGGUGCAAAGAAUGCCACGAUGCCGACAUGGGUAUUUCCAUGUGGUGAAUAAUGACUAUACCCAUUGGAUUAUGUACGCCAUUGGUGGAAGUGCAUCGCCCACAAUCAAUAGCCAAGGGAACAGAUACCUUGCUCCUGAUAACCGAGUUAGAAAAGAGGUGACAAAGCGUGAGGCUGCAGCAGAGAGCAAAUGGAAGAAUUGGAAUUGGAAAUCAGAGGGAGAUUUGAUGUUGAAUGGAGCGUUCUUCAGGAAGUCCGGUGCCGGAGCGUCGUCUAGCUAUGCGAGGGCGUCGAGCUUGAGUGCCAAGCCAUCGUCGUUGGUGAGUUCAAUGACGGCAGGAGCAGGAGUGCUGAAAUGCUCCAAGGGCUCCCCAUGCUCUACUUGAGCCACUCUCACCAAUCUCACUAAGUUCCUCAAGCAUUCACAAAGGCCACUAUUUGAUCCAUACGUAAUUAUGAAGAUUUUGAUCAUAAUUAUGUAUGGUGUGUUAUAGGCAUGCUUAUCCAAUGCGUGUUACCUAUAACCGUAUGUCGGAUGUCACGGUCAUAUUUGUCUAGGACGUGUUGUUGCACAUGCCUAUUCCAAACCCAUUUUACAUACUUUCAUCUUAAAUAGGUCUUUACCAUUUCACGUUGUGUCAAAAAUAGGUCUUUACCAUUUCACGUUGUGUCAAUACGGUGACAUAUAACCGUUCAUUCUCAUGUCUA